UUUGAAUAAAUGGAACAAAGUAAAGAAAACAAAGAACCAAAGGUCCCCAAGAAAAUGAACAAAAUUGGUAACCUCACACUCAACUACAAAAAGUUCUUGAGCAAAAAGGCUACCAACGAGUCAGGCUCCAACAACUCAAUCAAGUACUUCAGCAAAGAAGUCAAGACCAUCAAUGACAAGUUCAAGAACACUUCGCUAAACCCAGCAAGAUACAGUUUGAAAAAUCCGAAGAAGCUGUUUACAAAGCUAAAGCCUCAAGUAAAUGGACACAGCAGCAUGUCGUUUGCAAGCAGCUCGUCGGCUCAGGUAUCUGGUAAAGCUGCUAAGAAGCCAACUCGCAAAGAUCCCAAGGAAGCGAAAGAUCGCAGAGAUCGCAGAGACCACAAAGACAGCAACCCUCACCACAUCGAGCAGAAGAUUCUGCAUGACUCAUUUGCGAAGUCGCUGAAAUCUCAGAAAGAAUUGUCUUUGAAACAGAAAGUCAUCGAACAGAUCACCAAGAAGAAUGUGGGACUCGAAGACAGACUCUCGAAGCUACAAGCUGACUAUGAUGCUGUUGAUAACGAGAAAACACAAAUGGGUGUUCAGAUACAACAGCUCAAUGAUCAGAUUACACAAGACAAGCAAGACAAACUCAUUGAAAUCUCCGAACUGACUGACCAGCUCGGCAUUUGCAGAACCCACAUUAAGUCUCUCGUAGAUAUCUUGACAGAUCUGCUCGAAUACAUCCUGACGAAGUGUGUGGGAGGCCCUCCAGUCACUUCGAGAAGCCAGUCAUCGAUCAUGGGUGGAACUCACGACUUCGGAAACAACAAAGACAACAGCUACUCUACCGACCUCAUGUACAAAGUGCAUGACGACGAUAAGCGCAACCAUUCUGAGCACAUCAAGACUCUCUUGAUUGCGAAACUUGAUGUCAUCAACCAGAGCGUCAAAGGCCUCAACAUCGAGCACGAAAUCAACAAGAUCGAAGCCUGGCGCAUGAUUGAUGACUUGUCUGAACUGAACUCUCCAAUCAACCACAAUUCGAUUCGUGCUUCGAGCCGCAUGGAGACUGAGUCGAGGUUCCCACCACACUUCGGUGGCGCCUCCACCCACAAGACCAUUUCUGGUAGCGACUACUCACAUCCACGGCCAGUUCUCAAGAACAAUGACAGCUUCCAUAUGAGUUUCUCGCAAGAUAGUGGCGACAAGCUCAGGAUCCUCGACAACCUCACUCAUCGCAAGUCUGUCAACAUAGAACACAGUGACAACAAACACAACAUGGUGCACGAAGACUCCAUGAUGAACAUCGGAGCGUCCAAGCAGGAAUACAACGCCAAACGGACCAGUCCGAUCAUGGGGGCUCCAUCCAUCGAAGACGUUGAAGAUGUUGAAGAAGACAAAGAAGAUCGAGAUGACCGAGAUGACAAGUCAGACAAAUAUGAUCGUGAUGACCGAGACAACAUCCACUUCGAAGAUGAAGACACAGUCAGCAUUUCUCGCUUCAGAGAAAACACAUUUGCAAACUCUGAAGGUUGCAACGAGUCUGCCAUCGAAGAAAACAAGUCUCACGACCACCUCACUUCGAAGGGCUCACUCAAGAACUUGGUCAAGAGCAUUUCGUUCAACGACCUUGGCCAGGCACAAGAACCAGCCGUGAUGGGACUCCGCACACACCAAGGUGGCCGAGUCUACAAUGAGCCUGGCUACAUCGCACGCAAACAGAGCAAAGCCAAGAGCAUGAAGAAAGUCACUCUCUCAGAGAACAAGAACUUCGACGACUCGAAGCUGAAGAAGGGCUCAGAUGACUCACUGUUACCGGCAGCAACAGCAAAAGAGAACUUGUCUGAAAAAGGGUUUGGAAGUUUCAUGAACUCUGACAAUGAGGAAGACAACAUCAUCAAAUCAGUCUUCUCUCAUGACUUUGUUCACACAAAUACCUUCACCUUCAAAGCUCCUAUUGUUGAAGGAGGUGCUAAAUUUGUAAAACAGAAAUCCAUGGAGCUCGACUACACUCAAAAAUCUCCAAAGCCAUAAGCCUAUAUUCUCUUGAAAGCUAUAACAAUGUGUGUUGGAUAAUCCUAAAAC